AUGAGUGCGUACAGCGACAAGAUUGGCUGCUAUAUACAGAUCCCGAAUCUGGGUCGAGGGCAAUUGAAGUACGUGGGUCCCGUAGAGAGCAAGCCAGGCGUGUUUGCGGGUGUUGAUCUGUUGGCGAACAUAGGUAAGAACGAUGGAUCUUUCCAAGGUAGGCGGUAUUUUCAGGCGGAGUAUUCUCAGAGUGGCCUAUUUAUCCAGUUGCAGAAGAUAGAGCAUCUCUUGGAGAAUGCCACUACAGAAUCCAGACGAGAGUCACUUGGGAACACGACCUUUAAUCUAGACAAGUAUAAUGCGCAUGAAGACGAUAACCUGAUGUCGGAUGGGGUACACAUGUCUGAGAAUCGUGUUAGCAGCAAUGGUAGUACGAUCAUAAGGAAACCUCUCGAACAGAAUGAAGUGCACUCGCCGACACCGAUUAGAAGUUUCAGGAUCACAAGCAGAAACAACAAUAGAACUCCUACUCAGGGAGAAAGAAUGGAUAUAGACUCUCGAGCCUCUGAUUCCCAGACAGAGAGUAUAAUUAAGGACUACGAGCUUCGGAUCGAGAAACAAGAACGAGAAAUAUUACAAUACAGAAAACUACUCGAGGAUCAACGAAUUGUUCUAGAAGAAAUACAACCCACAAUAGAUGAGUAUGAGAACAAUGAACGCCGGUUGAGAUCUCGGGUACAGGAACUUGAAACAGAGCUCGAUAAGCAACGUGAGAAGUUUAAAAGCCAAAAGGAGUUCUUCGAAGCUGAACAUGAGCAACUACUCGCUGUGGUGAGUCAGUUACAAGUAGCUAUCGAAGAAAACGAACAAAAAGCAAUUUCUAGAAAGGAAUCACUGAGGGAAGAUACUACAGAGAUCACAAAGACUAUACAGGACUUGACAGACGAACACGAACGCGCCAGAGCUAAAUGGGAAAAGGAAAAGAUGCAGCUUAAGAUGCACAACGACAGUCUGAGCCAGGAAUACCAAUCAUUGAACAAAGAACUAAUGAAUAUGCAAGGCCAGAAAAGCAACCCGCCAACUGAUGAAUUAAAUUCAGAAUUGACGGAAUUGAGAACAAGGGUACGAACUCUAGAAUCCCAGUUACAAGAGAAAAGCUCCGCUGAUACAAAUAUUCAAAGCGGUGCCCAAGCUUCACAAUCUCCAUCCCAGCCCGAAUCGUCGGGAUCAUCAAGCUCGCUGCCAGUAUACAAACCUCCGGUGAAGGUUGACCCGGCUGCCGGUAGAGAACUAUGGUGCUAUCUCUGUGAAAAACCAGGCCAUCGUACCACUGAUUGUCCUCACGAAUUGAAAUCUACAAAUGAUGAAUUCUUCUGA